CAGGCUCAUAUGCUUUGGUUUCGACCAUAGUACCCGCUAAGCACAGCUACCCUCCUCCUCGACCCCGCGCCUGGUGAAUAUGACGCGCCUUUCUGUUGAGUUGUAUAGACCUCUGUAGUAAUAGAAAACUUUUUACUACUAAGCAGGAACAAGUUAGUCUAACUGAUAACAAGUUAGUCUAACUGAUACUGAUAGCGAUAUUAGGUAGAUGAACAUGAAUUUGGGAGGCUCUUAUCCUGCUUGAUACAGGUAAGAACAAAGAGUUACACUCCUAAUGCUUGGUAGAACUUUGCCUACCAAAAGAUCAUACCUGCUACUUUUCUUUGCUGAUCGAUGCUUUCUUUUGAACUUACAUUGAUUUGGGAAGAAUGAUCAUACCACGCAGCACGACAGUGCAUCGAAAGGGCUCUAAAGAGCCGUGAACUUCAUGUGUCUGUGUCCCGAAAAAGGUAGCAUAGAGAUAGAAGUGCAUCGUGAUCUGUGUAAAUGUCCCUAAAGACGUAGCAUAGAAGAAGUGCGCUGUGAUCUAGGCAGACCAAUAAUCCGGCUUUCCUCGACGUAUCUUCACUACAAGAACCAUAUUAGCUGCUUCUAAAAGAACACCUAUCUCCGAUCACGACCACGAAUAUUUCUUAAUAUUUUGAUUUUACAGGAGUUGCCUCCUACGCCUAGUAUUGUACAGGAAUUACCUAGCAGCUCUAGCUCCACCUUCGAAAAAAUGGGCAGAGUAAAGCCAUUCAAGCUUCCGAAAGCGGAUGUGCUGCCUGCGAUGAACUGGCGAGACGGCGAGCAUCCGGAGGUAAGCAAGAUAGAGAAAGCGCCAGUGACCUGUCUCCACGAUGGAUUGAAGGCUGGAGGAACCUUCUAUAGUUAUGAGUGAAAUGUAGGAAAUGCAUCUCCAAAGUCAUCUGGUGGACCUACAGGACGACCAAACAAGUCAUCUGGUGGACGACAAAGAAAAUAAGAAGGAAAAGGAACCCAGAUGAUGAUUUGUGCGAUGCAUACAUUCGUUCCGUAUACUAGAGAUUCCUCUAAUACAGGGAUGGCCUGAAACUUCCCGGCGCGCCACAUAGUCGAACCUUUUCACGAAAGGAGCGCGCGAGCCAGCGAUCGGCAGAGGGGGUUGAUUAUGCUCGUCCUCUUGAUGAAUUUUUAUAAGCACCAUCCAGUACAAGAACAUCAUCUUUUAGAAAGGUGAACUCUAGAAUGCUGCUCUACUAUGUAUCGAUGUAGUUCUAAAAGCCGUCUUUUCCACGAUCAGGGGAACAUCUACAUCAACAAGAACAAAAUGAAACUCGUCGAAUUAUGUUGACUUUCUUCUACUUUGAUUCACACCCUGCGCUUCUGGUUCUAAGUCAAAUUGCAGAAGAAGUACGAAUCCUUGAUGAAAUCUUGCAGAAGCGCACAGAAGGAAACGCGAGCUUUGUUCUCGGUAAUGUGCGAGAAAAGUACAACGAUGCGGCACAACAUGAGCGAUGUCGAUGUUAUGGGCUGAAUUGCAGGGUCAACAAUAUCUAGUUUGUUAUCUCAUUUGAAUAUAUGUCUAUGGCUCUCGUCUCUGAAUUAUUCGAUAUCAUUUUUGUAAAGAAGACUUCGCCAGCACGACUCACGCUUAUCCUCCACCACGUGCACCUCAGAGCCUCUUCCUACUCCACCCUAGUAUCUGCAUCUCAUCCUCCAUGAUCUUCCGAACGUCCUCAUUCCUACCUCCUUCACGCCUCGUCCGUACCGCAGAGCUCCUACUUACAGUCCUCGUCCCUCCCUCAUAGCUCUAAUCACCUCCGACUGCAGAUUAUGCGCAGUAUGCCAGAUUUAACGGUUUCUCCAGAAGAUUUCGAGCAAUUCGUGGACAACGUGCUAGGGCAGCCGAAAUUGCAACCGACGCAACAAGUCCAAACCACAGGCUCUUUGCAACACAUUUUUCCCGUCCGCGAUUGGAAGAAUUCGGGGAAAGUCAAGGUCGGGGCUGGGAGUAAGUAAAAAACUGCAGCGGCUUCUACUUGUAGUGGUACCUGUGGCUGUGGAGGAGAUGCUGUUAUUGGCCGUGUUCUUCAAAGAUCUUCUGGGUUCUUUACCACAUCACACGACAAGAACAGAGUUCUUGACUACAUAAGAGUCAUACGCAAUUCCAUGAUGACCAGAAGAUCAUGAUAUUACGAGAACACGUCGCAAGAAUUUCAUACUUCCCCAUAAACUUAAACGUCGAUACUUACAAGUACAACAAUUAUUCUUGGUUUUGGAUCAUAUUUCUUGUCAUAUUUUUAUCAUGAGGAUGAGGAUAACACGCGCAUCAUGGCUGCAUAUUACUUGUUAUCAUGGGUGAAAUAGCAGGAGCAUGUAUUGAGUAAGCGUAAUCCACCACAUGAUGAUGGGCCAUUACUACAACAUGAACAGGAGCUCCUGGAGGUGAGUUGCGGAUGACAACUACUGAACUAGAGUCGACAACUACUUGUUCUAGGUCGUGUGUUUCCCUGUGUUCUUCUGUGUUCCAGGACUGUAAUGUCCUCCUUUGCAUUUCCUGUUAUACUGUGACAACAAGAACGAGAAACAAGAAGUUAUAAAGCUGCAGAAGAACAAAGCACCAGAAGGAAGUAGUAGUAGAACAAGAUCAACACAUGUAGAAAAAGCAGAUCACUUGUGAGAAGUGAUGAACGCGGCUAAACUUGCAAAGUGUACUCCUGCUGUUUUUGCGCAGAAAGAAG